CGGGGAGAGGCCGCCGCCGAGAAUGGCGGAGCUGGCGGCCGGGGAGGGGCCGCCGCGGGGCCGCACUCCGAGCCCGCUCCCGCUGACCGGGCCGCCCAGCCCUCGCCCGGCUGGGGCUCCCGCCGGCCCGCCGCGCAGCCCGGAGCCGUCGGCGCCCGACAAAGCCGUCCCGGGAGGCUCGAAGUGGGUCCGGCUCAACGUGGGGGGCACCUACUUCGUGAGCACCCGCCAGACGCUCUGCCGCGAGCCCAAGUCUUUCCUCUGCCGGCUUUGCUGCCAGGAGGGGCCCGAACUGGGCUCCGACAAGGAUGAGACGGGAGCAUAUCUCAUUGAUAGGGAUCCCACGUAUUUCGGUCCGAUCCUGAACUACCUCCGACAUGGAAAACUCAUAAUAAAUAAGGAGCUAGCAGAAGAAGGUGUGCUGGAGGAAGCUGAAUUUUACAACAUUGCAUCUCUAGUACGACUUGUGAAGGAACGAAUACGGGACAAUGAAAGCAGAACUUCUCAAGGACCUGUCAAGCAUGUGUACAGAGUCCUGCAGUGUCAAGAGGAAGAGCUCACCCAGAUGGUGUCUACUAUGUCUGAUGGCUGGAAAUUUGAACAGCUGAUCAGUAUUGGCUCUUCCUACAACUAUGGAAACGAGGACCAAGCAGAAUUUCUCUGUGUUGUAUCCCGAGAGCUCAAUAACUCUACCAAUGGCAUUGUCAUAGAGCCUAGUGAGAAAGCAAAGAUUCUUCAGGAGCGAGGAUCCCGGAUGUAAACUGGGUAUCCGAUGCUUUAGAACUCCCAGAUGUCAAAAAGGCAAUCUAGCUGGGC